CACACACACACACACACACACACACACACACACACACACACACACACACACACACACAUGCAAACUUCAGGCAAGUACCACCUGGAACUGGUCAGAGGUUCCAGUCAAUGAGGUCAAGGCUGUACAGACAUUUCAGAACGGUAGCAAAGGGCUCGCACAGACAGGCAAACACACAAACACACACAUAACUACAUAACACAAUCUCUCUCACACACACACACACAUACAGUAACUACAUAACACAAUCUCUCUCUCACACACACACACACAUAACUACAUAACACAAUCUCUCUCUCACACACACACACACACACACACACACACACCAUGUCCACUCUGCUACGGCCCCCUGCGCUCCAUGGCUUCCUGUCGCUGCGUCUGCUGGGCACUGCAACCACUCGUACUCUACCUGUGGAGCAGCCAGCCACGGUGACCUGCAGAGGUCAUGACCCCUGUGACCCCUCAGAGGCCGUCCUGCUGACCUUUGAGGACCCCCAGGCCUUUAAGGUGAAAAGCGCGUGGGAGCUGGUCAGGGCUCUCACUGUGUUCCGAUUCUGUUCCUAUCCCGUGCUGGUCAACAACUGUGGCAAGCUCAUGUCUGUAGCUCGAGGCCUGCUGGGCAGGAGAGGUUUCUCCUUGUUUGUCAGGCCCACUGUUUAUGCCCAGUUUGUUGCCGGGGAAACUGAGGGUGAGAUCUCCACGUCCAUGGAGAAGAUGAGCUCGCUGGGGCUUCGCCCCAUGUUGGCGGUGCCCAUCGAAGAGGACCUGGGAGAGAGCACCGGAUUUGUUGACAGGGAGCGUCGCUACGACGACAACCUGGCCUCCAUGUUGGAGUGUGUUAGGAUAUCCCACAGCAGCGCCUGGAGCCCAGAUCCCAUGAUGCAGCUGAAGGUCACGGCCCUCGUCAGUCCAGAGCUGUGUGUGAAGUUGACCUCUCUGAUGAAGAAGGAACAGUAUGACCUGGACCUGCUGGUCAGAGCCAUGAGUGGUGAGCCUAUCAGCUUCCCCGGCCUGCUGGAGAGUGAGAACACACACUUCCUGCUUGGCCUGCGCAGACUCGACCAGAUCGCACAGGCCAGCAUCGAUAAGGUUCGAGUUCUGGUGGAUGCGGAAUAUACCUACAUGAACCCCGCCCUCUCACUUAUCACCAUGGCGAUGAUGAAGAAGUUUAACCAGCAGAGCUCAUGGAUCUGGAACACUUAUCAGUGCUAUCUGAAGGACUCCCGCUCUCUCCUGCUGGAGGCUAUCCAUCUCUCAGAGGAACACUCCUUCUGCCUGGGGGUCAAACUGGUCCGAGGAGCCUAUAUGGACAAGGAGAGGCAACUGGCCAAUAAGGAGGGCCGCAUGGACCCCAUCCACCAAUCAUGGGAGGAUACCAAUGACAGUUAUAACGGCUCUCUGGAUGUCAUGCUGAACCGCAUUUCCCAGAAUCCAGGGCGUUAUCAGAUCAUCGUGGCCACACACAACGAGGAGUCAGUCAGACAUGCUGUCACACGGUUGGGAGCGUUGGGGCUUCAGAGAGACGAAGGCUCAGUGUGCUUUGGUCAGCUGCUGGGGAUGUGUGACCAUGUGUCUCUCACUCUGGCCCAGCAGGGUUUCUCGGUGUAUAAGUCGGUGCCGUACGGGUCGGUGGACGACACGCUGCCGUACCUGCUGCGCCGAGCUCAAGAGAACCGCACCGUCCUGCAAGGCAUCCGCAAGGAGAGAGACCUGCUCCGACACGAGCUGAAGAGGAGGAUCAGAGAGAGAGUCAGUGGAGGAAGGUGGAGAGAGAGGGAGAGAGAGGGAGAGAGAGAGAGGGAGGAGAGGAGGGAGAGAGGGGGAUGAGGGAAGAGAGGAGGGAGAGACCUGCUCCGACAAGAACUGAAGAGGAGGAUCAGAGAGAGAGUCAGUGGAGGCAGGUAGAGAGAGAGGGGAGGAGGAGAGUAGGGAGAGAGGGGGAGGAGGGAGGAGAGGAGGGAGAGACCUGCUCCGACAAGAACUGAAAAGGAGGAUCAGAGAGAGAGUCAGUGGAGGCAGGUAGAGAGAGGAGGGAGGAGGAGAGGGAGGGAUGAGGGAAGAGAGGAGGGAGCGUGGCCAGGGAGGGAUUUAGAUAGAGAGAGAGAGAGAGAGAGAGAGAGAGAGAGAGAGAGAGAGAAUACUGAGAGCAGACUUGUUUGUGUCAGGUCUACAUUACCCAUCCAUUUUGUGUGGGUCUUAUGUAACUGAUAUUGAACUAGGAAUGAACUCUCCUUGUUAAAACAGAGACAAAAGGUUCAUCAUCUUUAAUGUCUGUCCCUGGCAGGAGUAACUCCCAAAUCUGUGAGUGAGGGGGAGAGAUGAAUAGAAGAAGGAGGAUGGAAAGAGAAGUGAAUGAGAGAGGGAUAGAGAGAAAGAUAAGUCUAUGCCCAAACACAGCUAACAUGCUUCAGUUUCCUGUCGUGUCCCAGAGAACACAGAGGCAAAGUGCUCAGGGUGGAGGAGUCAUCUGAACUGGGCUUGAGUCUGAUAGAGGCCAGGGGUCAGGGGUCAGGCUGUGGUCUGAACUGGGCUUGAGUCUGAUAGAGGUCAGGGGUCAGGCUGUAGUCUGAACUGGCUUGAGUCUGAUAGAGGUCAGAGGUCAGGCUGUGGUCUGAACUGGCUUGAGUCUGCUUGCUUCUGUGUUCUAUCUUCUGAUGAAACACUGUACACUUAAUGAUGGCUUUUCUGUUAGCAGCUCUGCAUUUGUUUCUUUCCUUGAUUUUCAAGGGUUAGAUAGAGUUUGUAUUUGGUGAUGUUUUCUGUUUCAAAUGUGUGUACAUGUAUUAAAAGUGUAUUUGUGUGUUAAA